UGACAAGAUUGCUUCAAAGCUCAAACUCCAAAAGCUUCGUUCAUUCUUUGCGUACUUCAAAAUGAUCAAGUCCAUUGCCUUCAUCGCUCUUCUAUUCUCCACAGCAACCGCUGUCCCAACCCCAACCGAGCUUGUACCUCGGGCCUGCACCACUCUAGCUCCCUCCACUAUCAACACCCUCGACGCCGCAAACCCCGACACCCCCUACUCGGGCCAGCAAUUCACCCUCCAGCGCAGCGGCUAUCCUCUGAUCGACAACAAGAUCUCCGUGCUGGCCUUCCGCAACAUCCCCGCCGGUGCCACCGGCUGCCGACUGGAAAUCGAACUUCCUCCACUCAGCGAAGGUCAAAUCGCCCCGAGUGACACCCAAGCAGACAUCUGGUCUGCGGACCCCGGCGAUGGCAGUUCUGCUCCCACUUACAACAAUCCGCCACACAAGCGAGAAAUGGUCGCGACGUACAUCUUCCCCAAGGGACCCACCACAAAGUCGACCCACACUGUAUUGGCCUCUAACACUUGCUCUACCGCCAUGAGCUGGCUGGUGCAGUUGAGUGAAUGGCAGACCUCAGCUGGAAGCGUCAACUUUCAGAACUCGGUUGGUAAUGGUGCGGAUAUCGGCUUCAUGUUGGUUUACAACUGUUAAACUAUGGUGGUCGAGGAAUGUAUUGUGUGAACACUGAGGGGCCCUAAUGAUCCCUGGGUGCUGCUCGCUGAGCCCUUAUUUUUUACAUGUACGCGACCGUUGUACACGUUUUCUGUCGUCUACUUGUGUGCUUUUUCUUUUUGGUUAUUACAGUAAGCGCCUGCUGUUUGUUGUAGUCACUCCUUUAGCUUUUAGGUCUUUACAAUCUAGCAUUGAUCCCUCGUACUAGCUUCAGGCAUUAGUCACGAUCUAUAUAGUGGUUUAGAAUAUGUAUCAAGAGAUAGUAUAGUAGCGAAAAUGAUAUUCUUUUAAUCAACAUCUGCAGAUGUGUUAAUCGGUAGAUGUGUUUAGUAGUCAGGUUGUGUGUCAUUAACUGGAGUUUAGCUUAUGGGUGUGUUCACUUAUAAUCAAGUUUGAUAAUCCAGGGCCAAUAAGC